UGAGUCCCUGCUGCUGCAGUGCACGCCCCUUCGGCAGCCAGGGUGGGGCCCAGAGGGAACCUGGCCUCUCCCGCCCCCACCUCGCCUUUGGGUCGAUGACUCUCAGGCUGUGGUGAGGGUCCCGGAGCCAGCACCACGGAGCCCGGGCGACCUCCUCCACCCACCCAUGCCCACCCCGCAUGAGACUGAGAAGCAGCACAUAGGGCCAGAGGAGGCAGACCAGCCCCCCUCGAUGUCCAGUCAUGACGCGGCCCCCCCGGCUGCCCCCAGCCGCAACCCCUGCUGCUUGUGCUGGUGUUGCUGUUGCAGCUGCUCCUGGAACGAAGAGCGGCGGCGAGCGUGGCGGGCCUCCCGGGAGAACAAGCUGCAGCCCCUCCCCAGCUGCGAGGAGUGCGCCACGCCAAGCCCGGAGGAGGUGCGGAGCUGGGCGCAGUCGUUCGACAAGCUGAUGCACAGCCCGGCUGGCCGAAGCGUGUUCCGGGAGUUUCUGCGCACCGAGUACAGCGAGGAGAACAUGCUCUUCUGGCUGGCCUGUGAGGAGCUCAAGGCCGAGGCCAACCAGCACGUGGUGGAUGAGAAGGCCAGGCUCAUCUAUGAGGACUACGUGUCCAUCUUGUCCCCCAAGGAGGUGAGCCUGGACUCCCGAGUGCGGGAAGGCAUCAACAAGAAGAUGCAGGAGCCGUCGGCGCACACAUUCGACGACGCACAGCUGCAGAUCUACACGCUCAUGCACCGGGACUCCUACCCGCGCUUCCUCAGCUCCCCCACCUACCGUGCCCUGCUGCUCCAGGGGAGCUCCCAGUCCUCCAACGAGGCCUAGGCUGCCCGCUGCAGCGGCACAGACACGGGACCCCCCGGUGGGCACAGACUCGGUUACCUGCACAAGUGUGUGUCCGCAGAGGUCCGGCACACCAGCGGGCCCGGCAUCCGAGGGCAGUCCCAGACAGGAGCCCCUCUCUACCCAGGGGACCUAGGACCCUGAGGUCCUGCUGAGAGGCAGGUGUGAGGGCCUCUUGAGACCGGGCAGACCCUCCCCAAAAAGCUCCCAGCGGGGCUCCUGCACAGGGAGAGGGAGACCUCCCAGGGGACCCGCGUCCUCACUUAGGCCUCCUCCCCCAAGCAGCUGGGGACCCUGAAAAAUGCCUCUGGUGGGCAGUAGAGCCUCUGCAUGCCUCGUUGUGACGGGAGGAGACCCUCUCCUUCAAGCUGUCUGCACCCAGAUCAGACCCAGAACCUCAGAACUAGGCUCAAGGCAACAGGAGCCAGUUUCUUUUUUAUAUUUUCAUUAAUUUUAAACCUGGAAACAUGUCAUUACUGUAUUUUAUCAAAAAAAUGAAAGAGAUGUUUUC